AUGAGUCAGCUAGACAGAGAUACCAGAAUCCCCGAUGCGGGCCCGCUCGAUGAGGACUUGGACGAGAAAUACCCAAAUCGCCCGCAUAAUCAUUCAUCAACUCUUCUGUUUCAUGAUCUCCUGACUGGCCUCUUCAAUCCAUUAAACGACAACAAGAAAAAGCCCGCUGCAGGUCCAGCUCGUAGAAAAGUCGGGCCUAGUGGACCCUCCAGUCUAAACCCGCAGGAGCGCCGGCGAGACAUUAUCCAGCGAUUCAUCUCGCGCUGGCGCAAAGAUGUGGGCGAUGAUAUUUAUCCUGCCUUUCGACUCAUUGUUCCCGAUAAGGAUGGGGACCGCGCCAUGUAUGGACUGAAAGAAAAAGUCAUCGGAAAACUGCUUGUUAAAAUCAUGAAAAUCGAUAAGAACUCCGAAGAUGGCUUCAACCUCCUGAAUUGGAAACUUCCUGGUCAGAGUGCGGCUAGCCGUAUGGCAGGCGAUUUCGCCGGUCGAUGCUAUGAAGUCUUAUCACGAAGACCGAUGAGGACCGAUGUGGGAGAUAUGCGUAUUGAGGAGGUCAACGAUCGCUUGGAUCAGCUAUCAGCUGCAUCCAAGGAAGACCAGCAGCUGCCGAUCUUAGCUGAGUUUUAUCGCCGCAUGAAUCCAGAAGAGCUUAUGUGGCUGAUCCGUAUCAUUCUGCGACAAAUGAAAGUCGGGGCCACGGAACGUACAUUUUUCGACGUGUGGCACCCGGAUGCUGAGCGGCUUUUCAGUAUCUCCAGUAGUUUGAGACGUGUCUGUUGGGAAUUGCAUGAUCCGAAUAUUCGGUUGGAGGGGGAUGAGCGCGGCGUGUCACUGAUGCAAUGUUUUCAACCUCAACUGGCACAGUUUCAGAUGCAUUCUUUUGAGAAAAUGGUUCAGCGAAUGCGACCGACAGAAGAGGAUCCCACAUUUUGGAUCGAAGAGAAACUCGAUGGUGAGCGGAUGCAGCUACACAUGGAAACAGAUGACUCUGUUGAGGGAGGCAAGAAGUUCUGCUUUUGGUCCCGAAAGGCCAAGGAUUAUACUUAUCUGUAUGGAAAUGGAUUUUUUGAUCCCAAUGGCUCCUUGACCCGACACUUGAAGGAUGCUUUUGUUGAUGGAGUCGAUAAUAUCAUUCUGGACGGUGAAAUGAUUACAUGGGAUCCCGAGCAAGACGCACCAGUCCCAUUUGGAACGUUGAAAACAGCAGCUUUGGCGGAACAACGAGACCCAAAUGCAAAAGGACCGCGUCCGUUACUCCGGGUGUUUGAUAUACUGUAUCUGAACGAUAGGGAACUGACACGCCAUACACUAAGAGAUCGCCGCAAUGCCAUUGAAAAGGCUAUUCGACCUGUGCAUCGCAGGUUUGAGAUACACCCAUAUACAGAGGCUACUACCGCCGCCGAGAUUGAGCCUAUUCUCAGGAAAGUGGUUGAAGAAGCUUCUGAGGGACUGGUGUUGAAAAACCCACGGUCACCCUACAGAUUGAACGAACGCCACGAUGACUGGAUGAAGGUCAAACCUGAGUAUAUGACUGAAUUUGGUGAGGCUCUAGAUCUUGUUAUCAUUGGAGGCUAUUACGGCUCCGGAAAACGCGGAGGUGUUCUUUCGAGUUACCUCUGCGGUCUGCGUGUGGAUGAUCGGAAUGAGUCGAAUUCAAUGAAGUGCUAUUCAUUCUGCAAAGUUGGCGGUGGCUUUACUGCAUCUGACUAUGCGAAUAUCCGCCAUCACACAGAUGGAAAAUGGAAGCCAUGGAAUCCUAAAAAGCCACCAACUGAGUUCAUCGAAUUAGCAGGUGGAGAGGUCGCUCAAAAGGAAAGACCUGAUGAGUGGAUCAGGCCAGAUGAAUCAGUCGUAGUUUGUGUGAAAGCUGCAUCUGUCUCGGUCAGUGAAGAAUUCCGUAUGGGCUUGACACUACGAUUCCCGCGUUUCAAGAAGUUGCGGAUGGACAAAGACUGGAAAAGUGCAUUGUCUGUCCAGGAAUUCUUGGAUUUGAAAUCCAAUGUCGAGAAGGAGCAGAAAGAGAAAGAGUUUACCGUUGACAACUCGCGUCGGAAGCGGAUCAAGGCAUCUACAAAGAAACCCCUGACUAUUGCGGGUUAUGAUGAGGAAGCGAAAAUGGAAUAUGCCGGCCCAUCAGGAAAUGUGUUUGAUAACAUGAACUUUUUCGUCAUGACCGAUGCCAACGGCCCAAAGAAGAAGUCUAAGGCCGAACUCGAGCAACUAGUCAAAUCCAACGGCGGAAAAAUCUAUCAAACAAACACAGCUGCGCCUAAGACAGUCUGCAUCGCAGAUCGGCGAACCGUCAAAGUCGCAUCCCUACAGAAAAGUGCUCGUGAGGAUAUCAUUCGACCAAACUGGCUGUUUGACUGUAUCAAACAGAAUGAAAUCGAUAGGCAUUUGUCCUGUUAUCUUCUCCCCUUGGAACCGCGGCAUAUGUUUUUCACGACGGAGGAUCGACGGGGUGAGAUUGAUGAUAAUGUCGAUGUCUACAAUGACAGUUAUGCGCGGGAUGUUACGCCCGAAGAACUCAGAACGAUCUUGGAUGCAGCCAAGCCUUCACGGCAACAAUUGAUUGAAUAUGAUGCGGAGAUCGAUAAGAUUUCCGAAACGGUCUUUGAGCAAGCUCAUGAAGGAGGGACUACUCCACCUGGUUGGCUUUUCAGGGGUCUUGCCAUGCAUUUCCAUGAAUCCGCAGACUCGUCGGACACCUCAGACCAGAUCCGACUCUUCCUCGCUCAAAAAGUGGCUGAAUUCGGGGGCGCAGAAAUCGUCGACGAUAUGGGUAUCACAUCUGGUAAACAGAAGGGACACGCGACACACAUCGUCGUCGUCGCCACUGAUGACUCCAUCAAGGGCGAAAUCGCAAAUAUCCGCAAGACCCUCGCACAACAACAGAUGUCUGAUCGUGGCUUGAAAGUUCCACAUAUCGUUACUAUGGGGUGGAUCGAGCAGAGCUGGAAAGAGCGGACAUUGUUGGAUGAGGAGCGAUUCUCGCCAUGA